CACCUCGAGCAGCCCAACCCACUGGGAUGGUUUGUUUGCCCCCAGCAGCUAUAGCAAUGAGCAGGAGCUGCAGGUGUAUUGCUGCUCAUCCAGCCAUGGAGCCUGGGGCAGCAGGGAAUGCCAGCAGGGUAUGGGGGGACCCUGCAGAAGGAACCUAUGUCAUCCCACAUAGGCUCCCACCUGUGUUGGUGUCCCCGCAGCCACUGACCAUCAUCCAGCAGCUUCCCAUGGCCACAGCCCAUCCCACAGGACCCCCACAGCUACGGGGAGAUUUAUUGGAGCUGAUGAUGAUUCAGAACUCCCAAAUGCACCAGGUGGUGAUGAACAGCCUGGCAGUGUCAGCAAUGGUGUCCUUUGGGUAUGGGCCAUCUCCAGCCACUGCCCAGACACUUGCUGUGCCUUUGCAGCCUGGAGAGGAGGAGGAAGAGGAGGCCAUGGUGUUCCACCACCACUACAUCCCUUAUCCCAGUUCUGCUCCCCUUUGGGCCUGGCCACUCCAGUACCAGGCUAUGGGGCCAGCAGCCGUGCGGCACCUGGGCACAGCCACAGAGAACAGGGAUGUCCCUGUGCCACCUCCUCCACCCCCCAGUGCUACAGGGACCGUCGGUGCCAGCGUCCCACCAGCAUCAGAGUACUAUGACAUGUUGGAGGAGCGGCUCUGAGCACCCUGCAGCCCAAAGGGGGCUCCUCCUGCACAUCCUCAUCCUCCAACCCAGGAGAUCUUGCAGGGUGCCCCAUGGUACCCGCAGUUUUGGGGAGGGAGGUGAUGUACCUGGCAAAAUGUGCUAUUCUGGGGGUGUGGAUAUGUUAUUGCUUUGGUGCACGGAUGCAUAAGUUUGGUGUAUGGGGUGGGGUCGUGCAAAGCCAGGUGUCCCCAAUCUCCACCAGUCCCUCCAGCUCUCAAUGCAGCACAUUGCCUGUAAUUAAUUUGCUUUGUUAAGAAAGCACCCUGCUGACACUAA